UGUUUCCGGUGUGGAGGCGGAGCUGUUUGUUAGCCGGACUGUAAACACCAGUUAGCUAGCUGUUAGCUAGCUGUUAGCUCACCCAGCUAACCGGGUUGUAGAGCAGAGUUGAAACGAAGAAGAAGAAGAAGAAGAAGAAGAAGGAUGGCCUCCGCUCCCCCCCUCUCCUCCCUGCGCCUCCUCGUCCCUCCCCUCCGCCUGCUGACGGCGGCGAUGUGGCAGGUCGCACGCCAGCAGAGCGUGCGGCAUUACGGGAUGCUGGAGGACUUUGUUUCCCUGGUAACGGAGGCCGUCCCGCAGCUGCUGACGGACAGACAGAGGAGUCUGCUGCUGCUGGCGCUCAGAGCCAAAGUGACCCUCUGUGACCCGCGGGCCGCCAACCUGGACAAAAUCCACUCUGUCUCCGAGGCAACGCAGUCGGACGAGGAGGUCGCAGGAUGCUGCUCCGCUCUGUCGACGCUGACCGAGAGACUGACAGCGAGUCCGGCGGACAGACGGCGCCUCCUGCAGGAAGUGUUCGACCACAGUUUCGACUCCGCCCUCCAGUCUCUGGUGUCUGACUUCCUGUCCAGGAUCGAGCAGCUGUUCCCCGUCCCCGACUUCAAACAGGCUGCAUGCUGGCUCGACGCUGCCCCCACUGGUCUGGAGGACUGCCUGCAGGAGGUGGACAGGGAGGACGUGACAGAGCUGCUGGCCAAUCAGAGCUGUCUACUGGGGCGAGCAACCAGCACGGUGAGUCAGGACACAGAGAAGAUCCUCCUCUCAGCCUGGUCCCACCCCCUCUUCACCAAACUGACCAAUCCGGAGCCGCCUCCCGCCGACACAGAGGUCCAAUCAGAUCCCGUCCUCCAGCUGGACGUGGAGCUGGUGAAGGUGGAGGUGGUGGUGAUGACGGAGGACGAGCAGGAGGACGUGGAGGAGGCCGUGAUUGGUCGGGCUGCGUCGCCGGUGGAGCAGGAGGCGUCCAAUGAGAGUUCAGCGCCGGGCGGCAACGACUGCGCGCCCGUGAUCAUCGGAGAGGACAGGUUGAAGGACUCACCUGGAAACUUUGCCGACCAAUCAGAAGACGCAGUCGACCAAUCAGAUCAGUCCUGCUCUGAGGUCACAGCCAACGCUCUGUAUAGCAUUUCCCAUAAUUCUCAGCGGGUGGCUCACAAGUGUCCUCAGUGUGGGAAAUGUUUCAUCUACCGUUCUCAGGUGAUCCGCCACCUGCGCACCAACAAGUCCUGCGGGUCGGCCCUGACGGCGACCGGAGCCUUGAACCUGCAGCUUUUACCUGCCGGUCAGGAGGAAGAGCCCCGCCCCCCGGAGCCCCUCCUCCCAGAGCCACGCCCCUCCAGGACACACUCUUGUUUCCAGUGCAACGCCAUCUUCAGAACCAAAGCCGAGCUGCUGUCGCACCAGCGCAGCCACCGGGCGCGGCCCGUCUACCAGUGCGGCCAGUGCGACAAGGAGUUCCACCACCUGUCCAGCCUGACCAAUCACAAGCAGACCCACCUGGACAAAGGAGGGUUCACCUGCAGCAGGUGCGACAAGGUGUUCGAGUCGGCCAAGGAGAGAGACGCCCACCGGCUGCAGCACCGGCUGCCGGACCUCACCUGCACCGUGUGCGACCAGACGUUCAGCUCUCAGACGCAGCUGCUGCGACACCUGCAGACUCACUCGGUGGAGGGGGCGGAGCCAUGCUACAACUGCCGCUUCUGUGACCAGACCUUCUCAGGAGUGACCCAGCUCCGCAUCCACCAGCGCACGCACACGUUCCGCUCGUACCAGUGCGACCAGUGCAGCAAGACGUACGGCUCCCUGACCGGCCUCCACUCGCACCGGGCCAGCCACACCGCCGAGAGCCGCUUCCUGUGCCCGCAGUGCGGCAAACGCUUCAAGACCCGCGACGGGCUGGAGGGCCACCUGCGCACGCACACCGGGGAGCGGCCCUACCGCUGCCCCUACUGCCCCAAAGACUUUACCGCGCUCGCCGGCCUCAAUGUGCACGUGCGGCGGCACACCGGGGAGCGCCCAUACGUGUGCACGGUGUGCGGCAAAGGCUGGCCGUCCGGAGGGGACCUGCAGAAACACAUGAGGACUCACACGGGGGAGCGGCCGUACGUCUGCCAGGACUGCGGCAAAGCCUUCUCCAUCUCCUGUCACCUGACUGAGCACCGGAGGAUACACACAGGAGAGAAACCCUUCUCGUGUCCAGAAUGCGGUAAAUGUCUGCGGAGGAAGUUCGACCUGAAGAAGCACAUGUUGUCCCACAGCAGCGUCCGUCCGUACGCCUGCGUUUACUGUCCCAAGAGCUACACCCGCAAAACUCACCUGAACAGACACCUGCUGACGCACCGCGCCCCCAACCACGAGCCGGCGGCGGCCGAGGAGACGGCCGACGACGCCUGACGUCCGUUAAACUCCUUCUCAUCCCGUUCAUGCAUGUUCUCAUCCUGCCAAUCGAUCUGAACAUGAUUUAUAUGAUAUGAACAUAUUUCACCAUUUCCUGAAUCAAUUAAUAAUUAGUCGUUAACUGUCAGCGUAUAUUUUAAUAACCCAUUCAUUUUAGAUUAUAAUCAGUAUUUUCUACCAUUUGAUUGACUAAAUCAUAAAGUAAUCAAUGACUGCUAACAGUGCUAACAGCGCUAACAGAGUGAGCAGUCACUAGAAGCACAUUCACGCUGUGUGUAAAAGUUUCUACCUGUGUCAUAAAUUCAGCUGCAGGAGCUGGGUUUCAUUCACAGCAGAAUAUGUAGAAUUCACUUUUUGGGGGUUUGGUUGUGGAUCGGCGUCCAUAUUUGUUUGUUUUUCAGACUCUUGUGUAAAAUGUGCUGCAGUCGGACUGCGUUUGAAGCAGCUGCUUCAUAAACAAAUGUAAACUGUUAUUUUCAUGUUUUUGUGGGUGAAGUUCUGCACUGCUCGUUGUCAGACGCCGUCCAAUGGGAGUGCUGCUCAAUGUUUGUGUUGCCAUGGAGAUUUUGUAACUGUGCUUUGUGUAUAUAAAAGCUGUUGUGUUCAA